CGUGUCCGUGCCCGCAAUCCGUUACUCCGGGUUUUCGCGGUGCCUUGGUGGCCUGCUGGGACCGCGCGGGGGACUCCACGCUUCGAGCCCACCCUCCAGGACCCUGCAUUAUGAAGCUGGGGGCUGGAAUUUGUCUUCAUGGUCUGACCCCCUGUUAGAUUCUGCCAAUGGAAGAAAAUAGAGCUGGAAAUAAGGAAAAUGGCUACCUAGAGAUUUGACCUUUCACCGAAUUCUUUUCAUCCUACCUCAAGCCUCCCCAGAUGUCUGAACCAAUGGGAGCACCUGGUCUGGACUGUGAUUCACCAAACUAUUCCUUUUGCAAUGAAAAUGUCACCAGGUGCCUCUCAAAUUCUUGCCCAAACAGUUCUACCUGCAAGAGUUUUCCACAAGACAGUUGCCCUUGUUCAGAUGUAACUGACAGCUUGGACAAAGACUGUGACAAUGUGAAAGAUCCUUGCUCCUCCAAUCCCUGUCAAGGAAGUGCCACUUGUCUCACCACCCCAGGAGGAAGAGGCUUUCUCUGCAGAUGUCCUCCAGGGUACAGCGGGACAACCUGUGAAACUUCCACUGGUUCCUGUGGCGUGAGCUCCUGCCAAAAUGGAGGUAUUUGCCACCAGGGCCCUGUACAACCCACCUGCAUCUGCCCUGCUGGAUAUGCCGGAAGAUUCUGUGAAACAGACGAAGAUGAGUGUGCCUCGAGCCCGUGCCACAAUGGGGCAAUGUGCCAGGAUGGAGUUGAUGGCUACUCCUGCUUCUGUGUCCCAGGAUAUCAAGGCAAGCACUGUGACUUGGAAGUGGAUGAAUGUGCCUCGGGUCCCUGCAAGAAUGAAGCCAUGUGCCUCAACGAGAUUGGAAGAUACGUGUGCAUCUGCCCCCAUGAUUAUUCCGGUGUGAACUGUGAAUUGGAGAUUGAUGAAUGUUGGUCCCAGCCCUGUCUAAACGGUGCAACUUGUCGGGAUGCUCUGGGUACUUAUUUCUGUGAGUGUGCCCCUGGAUUCCAAGGAGACAACUGUGAGCUCAGCGUGGACGAGUGUGCCAGUCAGCCAUGUCUCCAUGGAGGAUUGUGCAUGGAUGGUGGAAACAGCUAUACCUGUAAUUGCAUGGGUAGUGGAUACACAGGGACACACUGUGAGACCUUGUUGCCUCUGUGUUGGUCAAAACCUUGUCACAAUAAUGCUACAUGUGAGGACAAUGUUGACAACUACAUUUGUCACUGCUGGCCUGGAUACACAGGUGCGCAGUGUGAGACCGACCUCAAUGAAUGCAGCAGUAACCCCUGCCGGCCGACCGGGGACUGCGUGGAGCUGUCCUCGGAGCAGCAAUACGGACGCGUGGCUGGGCUGCCGUCCUCCUUCAGCUACCGCGAGGCCUCAGGCUAUGUUUGUGCCUGUCAUUCCGGAUUCACAGGAAUACACUGUGAAGAAGACAUCGACGAAUGCUCUUCAAAUCCUUGUCAAAAUGGUGGCACUUGUGAGAACCUGCCUGGGAGUUAUAUCUGCAGAUGCCCAUUUGAUAAUCUUUCUGGAGUCUUUUAUGGAGGAGAGAACUGUUCUGAUGUGCUCCUGGGCUGUGCCCACCACCACUGCCUAAACAAUGGCAUAUGCAUUCCCCACUUCCAAAAUGGCCAGCACGGAUUCAGCUGCCUGUGUCCAUCUGGCUAUGCAGGGUCCCUGUGUGAAAUCAUCACCACAUUUUCAUUUGAGGGCAAUGGCUUCCUGUGGGUCACAAGUGGUUCAGAUACCACCGUGGACUCGGUGUGCACCAUAGCCCUCAGGUUUCAGACUGUUCAGCCAACGGCACUUCUGCUUCUCCGAGGCAACAGGGACAUGUUUGUGAAGCUGGCGCUGCUGAAUGGCUACGUUCACUUGUUAGUCCAAGUCCGUAAUCAGUCCAAGGUGCUUCUGUACAUUCCCCACAACACCAGCGAUGGGGAGUGGCAUUCCGCAGAGGCCACAUUUGCAGAGGAUGUGACUCUUAUCUUAAAGGACAGCUCCUGUGAAAAUGAAUGCAUCGCUACAGCUCCGGCUCCGUUUCUAAGUCAUCAGUCAAUAUGUGCUUCACAGGACUCCUUUUUGGGUGGUUUCCCAGUGGGAACCACCAACAGGACCAUCGCCCUGCUUAACAUCUCUGAUAUACCACCCACACCUUCCUUUGUAGGCUGUCUCCAAGACAUUAAAAUCGAUUUGCAUCACAUCACCCUGGAGAACAUUGCACGGGGCUCUUCACCAAAUGUCAAGGCAGGCUGUGUGAGAAAGGACUGGUGUGAAAAUCAACCUUGUCAAAACAGAGGACGCUGCACCAACCUGUGGCUUAGUUACCAGUGUGAUUGCUACAGGCCCUACACAGGCCCCGACUGUCUGAGAGAGUAUGUGGCAGGCAGAUUUGGCCAGGAUGAUUCAACUGGAUAUGCUGUCUUUAAUCUUGAUGAGAGUCCCGGAGAGAACUUCAGCAUCUCUAUGUUUAUCCGAACUCAGCGACCGUCAGGCUUGAUUCUAGCUUUGGAAAACAGCACUUAUCAAUAUAUCCGUGUCUGGCUGGAACAUGGCAGACUAGCAAUGCUGACCCCAAACUCUCCCAAAUUAGUAGUAAAAUUUGUUCUUAGUGAUGGAAAUGUCCAUCUGAUAACUUUGAAAAUCCAGCCAAAUAAAAUUGAACUCUACCAGUCUUCACAAAACCUCGCAUUUGUUUCUACUCCUACGUGGAAAAUCCAAAGAGGGGAUGUGAUCUACAUUGGCGGCCUGCCUAGCAGACAAGAGACUGAAGUUAGUGGUGGGUUCUUCAAAGGAUGCAUCCAAGACAUACAAUUAAACCACCAAAAUCUGGAAUUCUUCCCAAAUUCAACAAGCAAUACUUCCCACAACCCAAUUCUUGUCAACGUGACCCAAGGAUGUACUGGAGACAACAUCUGCAAGUCCAAGCCCUGUCACAAUGGAGGCGUCUGCUACCCGCUGUGGGAUGACUUCUCUUGCUCCUGUCCGGCACACACAACUGGCAAGGCCUGCGAGCAGGUGCACUGGUGCCUGCUCAGCCCCUGUGCUCCUGUAGCCCAGUGCCAGGUGGUGCCUCAGGGAUUUGAGUGUAUUGCAAAUGCUGUUUUUAGUGGACAAAGUGGUGAAAUAUUAUUCAAAAGCAACAGGAACAUUUCCAGAGAACUCACCAAUAUCACAUUUGGUUUUAGGACAAGAGAUGCAAAUGCACAAAUAUUGCAUGCAGAAAAAGAGCCUGAAUUUCUUAAUGUUAGUAUCCAAGAUUCUAGAUUAUUCUUUCAGUUACAGAGUGGCAACAGUAUUGAUCUGCUGAGUCUGACAAGUGUGCAGCCCGUGAACGAUGGCACGUGGCACCAAGUGACCCUUUCUAUGGCAAACCCACUAGCCCAAGCCUCCAGGUGGCACAUGGAAGUGGACAACCAAGCACCUGUUGCAACCAGUUCAAUUGCCACUGGAAACCUCAACUUUUUGAAGGAUAAUACAGACAUCCAUGUGGGUGGCCCAGCUGUUGACAGAAUGAAGGGCAUGCAAGGGUGCCUAAGUACAAUUGAAAUUGGAGGCAUUUAUCUCUCUUACUUUGAAAAUGGCCAAGGUUUCCUUCCUAAACCUCAGAAGGAGCAGUUUCUCAAAAUCUCCAGAAAUCCAGUGGCUACAGGCUGUUUGCAGUUAAAUGCCUGCAACCCCAACCCCUGUUUGCAUGGAGGAAACUGUGAAGACAUCUAUAGCUCUUAUCACUGCUACUGUCCCUUGGGAUGGUCAGGGACACACUGUGAACUCAACGUUGAUGAAUGUUUUUCCAGUCCCUGUAUCCAUGGCAACUGCUCUGACCAACUUGCAGCCUACCACUGCAGGUGUGAGCCUGGAUAUACCGGUGUGAACUGUGAAGUGCAUAUGGACAACUGCCAGGGCCAUCAAUGCGCAAAUGGAGCCACCUGCAUUAGUGAGACUGAUGGCUAUUCUUGUCAGUGUUCGGAAAAUUUUACAGGAAAAUUUUGCAGACACAGCAGAUUACCCUCGGUGGUCUGUGGGAAUGAGAAGACAAACCGCACUUGCUACAACGGAGGCAACUGCACAGAGCUGCAGGCGGAGUUCAAAUGUACUUGCCGGCCCGGUUUUACUGGAGAAUGGUGUGAAAAGGACAUCGACGAGUGUGCCUCUGACCCGUGCUUCAACGGAGGCCUGUGCCGAGACUUACACGACAGGUUCCAGUGCAUCUGUGACGUGGCCUUCGCUGGUGAACGCUGCGAGCUGGACCUGGCAGAUGGCUUGAUUUCAGACAUGUUCACCGCUGUUGGCUCAGUGACGUUCGCCUUGUUGCUGAUCCUCUUGCUAGCCGCCAUUACUUCUGUUGUUGCCUCCAGCAGAAGAGCAACUAGGGGAACCUACAGCCCAAGCCGUCAGGAGAAGGACAGCUCUCGAGUGGAAAUGUGGAGCAGGACGGCACCCCCUUCGAUUGAACGGCUGAUUUAGGGCUUUAUGUGCCUUUGAGAGAGAGAUGUACGUGCUGUGAACAAGAUGAUUGUCCUGGAGGGUCUUUGUUCCUUACCUGGAGAUAUUCAUGUACAACCGGAUUACCCUGGAAAUGGGAGAAGGAUUCUCUUGAGCAUCUUGAAGACUUUCACAGCAGUUCAACCUGACACCAUUGUUUUAUUAACAUUAUAUUAGCCAAUCACAAAGCAACAUUUGUGCCAAUGAUCUCUCCCUGAUCAAGAGCAAAAACAUCUUCCAGGGAACACUAUCUUCUGAGAAAAGCUCCAGUGGCUAUAGUUUAAACACUUUACAACCUGGGGAUAAUUUUUUAGGAUGCCCCUCAGUAGGCAACUGCCACCUUUUUUUUUAUAAAGAAACAAUGGCGGGAGGGCCAGAAUACCUUUUACACUCCCUCUCACCAUGUGUUGAAAGCUUUUUUAGUUGUAUUCCUGUGAUGAAAUGGACACUUUUGUCCUUCAAUCAUUGAUCCAGAAAAAGCCAUAGGAAUGACCUUUGGCUUAAAA